UUUAGAGUCUGUUGCCAUUAGUAACAGAUAUAAAGAAAACUUGCAUCAUCCAUCUACCGCCGCUAGAGGUCACUGUUUUUCCUCACGGUUCAUCAACUCAGAAUGCUUAUUUAUAGCAAAACUUAUUAAACUAAAACUUUUAUUUUCACACAAAAACCUUACUCAGAUGCGAUUUCUGCUCGUAGGUUAAAAUAACUAAAUGUUUAUGAAUGCACUUCCAUCAAACAGUAAAGAAAGAGUUAUUCUGAAACCAAUCAUGUAAUAAAUGAAUAAAGUGAUCUUGUAUCAGUGACAGAGAAGGAUUUAUCAAUUUAUCAAAGAUAGAGGCUUUGUUUGGCCUGCCAACAAAAAUACGUUUGAAGGAUUAAGACUUUUACACACUUUCAACAUGAUUGUUUCCUAGUAAAUUGAUUAAAAUAUGAAAGUAAAGCAGAUAAUGAAGCUAAUCUGGUUUGUGAUGAAAGGUCCAGCAUCACCAUCCUCUCUCCCACCACUAGGGGGCUCGGUGUGCUCAGACAGGAUGAGGAUGAGGCCUGCCGGUCCCGAACCAACAAACCCACCGUUUAACCGGACCGACUAGCAUGGUCCGGGCCGGGCUAUGGCCGCACCGAUCGCGCAUUUAGACGAAUCCCCCCGGGCGAACCUGGGGGACGUGAGCGGGGCUUCCGGUGCUGCCGCCGGCGGAGCCGCGGGCGGAGCGGCCCCUCAGCUCCUCCUGGACGGCAGGACCUCCCUGCAGGAAUCUGGCGGGUUCGGUUCGGUGGAGAACCUGGAUGGUUUGGAUCAGAACCUUUCUGCUUGCUUCGGGAAUGUGGACGAUAAAGCGGACAGCAUCGCAGUGAGCGUGAUCACCGAGGAAUCGCUGCUGGAGAAAGACGAAAUCUGGAACGCCCUCACUGGAAGCCAUGGCCACGUGAUGCCGGUGGACUGGACACGGUCUCGAACGCGCUCCCUCUACAUCUCUACCUUCAACCUGGAGGAGAAACCUAGGGAGACGAACGUCGCGGCUGAGCUGUCAGACGACGAGGAGGAACUGCGGGAGCAGCUGGACAUGCACUCCAUCAUCGUCCCCUGCCUGGAUGAAGAGCCGCUGGUCACGGCCGAGCAGGUGAUCGAGGAGAUCGAGGAGAUGAUGCAGGACUCACCUGACAUGAACACAGAGCACAACCCCUCUCAGUCAGACCUGUCCAUGCUGUCUCUGGACGUUCACCCGUCCAGCCCUGGCUUCGAGGACAGGCUGAGGGCUCUGAGUCUCCCAGAGCUGCUGGGGCAUCUCAGGGAGACGGAGGCGAACAUCAGGAGGUUCUCCGAGGAGCUGGUGCAGCAGCUGGCCGUCAGGGACGAGCUGGACUUUGAGAAAGAGGUCAAGAACAGUUUCAUCUCUGCACUUAUUGAUGUUCAGAACCGGCAGAAAGAACACAGGGAGUCCAUAAAAAGGAAGAAGAGGCUUAAGGGUGGAGCUGGGACGGGACAGGGCAUCUCAGAGAAAACGGCACCACGCUUCAGCAUGGAGGGAAUCUCCUCCGUCAUUCAAAACAGCUUCCGACAGACGUUUGGGAGUGGGUGCAGCGAACGGCAGUAUUUGACCACAGUCAUUCCCUAUCAGAAGAAAGGACACUCUCCAUCUUUGGAUGACCUCCAGAUCCUGACUAAGAUUCUCCAGGGGAUGAGAGACGACAGCGACAAGGUACCUGGUCUCCUGACAAACUACAUUCUCAAUGCGCUGGUCUGAGCGAUGGACCGAGAGUGUUUUGCCCAACGUAGACCAGGAGAACCGAGCCCGGCUGCUGAGGAGGGCUUCCAUUUGCUGCAAACACGAAGCACACCUAAUUUAUUCCUGACUAUUUUUACCUCCAUGAGUUCACUAGUGUGUGUUUGGUGUUGAUCUCAAAACUGAACAUAUUCCUGUAAUUUCACACUCUUUUUGUUGUGUAACUGACUUUCUUGCUGUGUAAAAUGACUAAAUCUGUAUUUUUACAAAACAACAUUUAGGGCAAAGCUGUGAUGCAAAGGGCUCAUUAUUCACGAUGCCUCUAAACAUACCGAAGUCGGAACCAAGGAACAAGUGCACAGGAAGUGGAGUGUUUUAAGCCAAAUGUUUUUUAGAGGAGCACAAAAACAUUGUGAGCAUCAUGAGUUCAUUAGCAGCACGAGGGCUGCAAAGGUAAAGUGUUUGUGAAAAACUAAUCCAGCCGUUAAACGAAUCACAGUCCACAGCUGUACAAUCUGAACUCAUUGUUUUAUUCUGGAUUAAUGAUAAACCGACUGUGCAUUAGGGAUGGGCUAUUCACUUCUGGGCCUCGAGGGCCGGUAUCCGGUUUCUCUGUUUCAACACACUUGAUUCAGUGGUUGAAUCGCCUGUUGCAUCAGCUCCUCAGGCUCUGCAGAAGCCUGUUAAUCGCCUACUAAUGUGUGCUGAAGCAGGGUUAAAACCAAAACAUGCUGGAUACCGGCCCUCGAGGCCCAGAAUUGAAUAGCCCUGCAUUAGGAUACAACCUGAAUCUGAAUCAGACCUGGCGAGCGAGCAUCGGCUCUGAUUAACGUCGUGCAAACUGCCUUUGCCUCAACUUUUCUACAGCAGAGUUUAUUUUCAGCGAAUGUUAGAUUGUUUACAGAACUCCUGUCAACGUUUAUUUUGUAAAUAUUGUUUAUUAAAAUAAAAAUACUGCAUAAUU